GUUCUUGGUCUUUCCUUUUUUAAGGAUACGGUCUUGACGCAGACGCGUCUUGGCCCACCUGCCGCUCACUCUCUCUCUGACAGUAAAGAACGUAGCAGUCUCGUUAAGCUAAAAAGUGAAGUCAAGCAUGAAGCAUCUGUGGAAAUUCAGAAUCCAGACCUGAACACCCAUAAAAAAUGUUUUUUUACUUUUUCGUUGAAUAAACCCUCUGGGAAAUCAGACUUUAGUGUGUUUACAGCACAUGGUAAACUCACAGAGAAUAUCUACUCAGCCCUGAGAGCAAAUGGCAAUUUCAGUAAAAGGAUGGAGAAGCAUCUUAAUAAGAACAUCUUUGUUUAUGAAAAGAAUACAAUACGCGGAUAUGUAAAUUUAGGAAUGCCUCUCAAGUGCCUACCUGAAAAUGCCCAUUUUAAUAUAACACCUGGUCCAAAAAAGAGUGACCUGGAAGAUGACCAGAUACUACGCCAGUGUGAAGAUCCGAACAUGGAAUGCGUUCUUUUUCAUGUGGUUUCUGUUGGAAGGAAUGUAAAGAAGAUUCUCAGGAUCAAGGAAGUUUACGAAAAAGGAAGUACACUUUGUAUCUAUGCCUUAAAGGGUGAGACUAUCAAAGAAGCUCUAGUCAAGGAUGGCCGAUUUCGUUCUGACCUUGACGAGUUUGAAUGGGAAAUAAGGGAAGAUCAUCAGAAAAUUCAUGGAAAACAGUCCCUGGUGGAUGAAGUAUCUGGAAAAACCUUAGAAAUGGACAUUUUUAAGAAACGUGUCAGUAAAGGUGCCCCUAAAAUAAGGAAUAAACAGAAUGAAAAUGCCAAUGAUGAAACCAGUCCCUGGAAUCAGAUACAGUCUGAGAUCAAAGAACAGGAACCAGAGACAGAUGGGGACACUGAAGAUGUAGAGGCCAACAGAGAAAAAAUCGUCCUACCUCAGAAUCUAGCGCAUGAUAUUGCAGGUAAAAAGCGACGCACAAUUUCUAGAAUUAGGAAUUAUUAUAGUAAUAGUUUCAACAGAAGACACUGGAAGAAUAACUCAAGACAUAGGCAAAAGCCCCAUGUGGUUAUGCAGCAUGUUAUUAAGCAAACUAUCCCGAGGACAGCAACUGACCUCUGGCUAAAGAAUUGCCAAUUGUUCAACAAAAGUAUAAUGGAUCAAUACCCAAAUUUGAAGGAGGAAGCACUUCGGAUGAGAAAGUAUUUUCAGGAUGAAAAGAGGAGAACCAAACUGACAAGCUUUCAACAGUUCAACGUAUAUAAAAAGUAUUUUGGAAAAGUGACUGAAAAUUCUACUUCAGUUGCAACCUGUGAAGAUCUUCUCCAUCUUAGUGAGUCAGUUGGGAUCAUGACAUGGAACAAUAAUGGAAUCACAGGGAAUGCUACUUGCUUUGUCUUCAAUCAUGAUUAUAUUUUCACCUGUCGGCAUGUAAUACAUUUUAUGGUGGGAGAAGGCAGAGAUCCAAGGUUUUGGCCAGAUAUAAUAAGCAAAUGUGCAAAGGUAUCUUUUAAUUAUAAAAGGUUCUUCCCUAACAAUGUUGAUUGGUAUGACAUUGAGCCAUGGUUUGAAGUGUCUGAUGGACCUCUAGAUUAUGCCAUUUUAAAGCUAAGCAAAAAUAGAAAUGGAUUUCCUCCAGGCCUGUUUAGACGAAUUUCCUCUCCACCGCCUGAUGGUUUGAUUUAUAUAAUUGGUCACCCAGAAGGCCAGGUCAAGAAAAUAGAUGGCUGUGCUGUGGUUCCUGUAAAUCAGCGGUUAGAGAGGUACCCAGAACAGCAUCGAGAUGAGGUGGUAGGACCCCAUGCUGCCACUUACAAUGCUUUCUCUAUGUUCACCCAAAGAAGUUUCCUACCAGAAGUCUGUAACACUAACACACUUAGCUAUGAUACCUGUUUUUCCAAUGGGUCCUCUGGCUCCCCAGUGUUUAAUACAUCUGGUGAAUUAGUUGCUAUGCACACUGUUGGGCAUUUUUAUGCUCAUGGUGGUAGAGAACAUGCCAUUAUUGAAUUUGGCUAUUCUAUGUAUUCAAUUCUUUAUGAUGUUAAACAGAAGAAUGAGAGGUUGUAUAAAUUCUUAAUGGAAGAGAACAAUGAGAACCAUAAUGAAAAUGAUAACAAACAAGAGUUGUUUCAGUCUCAUCAGACUGUACCCAUGGAACACUAGGAAAAAAAAAUGUUUUAUUCAAGAAAAUAUGCCAAUAGCUUAGAGUAUUGGGGGCUGUUUCCUUAAAGUGUAAUGAAUAUUCUUUUUAUUUUUAUUUUUUAAAAAUUUGUCAGAGAGAGCACAAGCAGGGGGAGUUGGAGGCAGAGAAAGAAGCAGGCUCCCUGCUGAGCAAGUGUCACAUAUACCCUGAUGUGUAUUGUUAACCCGAGCAGCAUUGCUAACAAUAGCCAAACUACGGUAAAAGCCCAGGUAUACAUCAGCUGAUGAAU